AAAAUGAGGCGGAGCCACAUAGAGUUGGCUAUCUUGAGAAAAAUGCUAAUUCUGUUUGUCUGCAACCGAAGUGGCCUGAAGCAUUUUUGGCUAGAAGUCAUAUUUUGUAUGAAAAGGUAGCUAUACAUCCUACAAACAUUUUCAUAUAUUAUUGUAUACCAUAUACCAAUUGUGACUAGACAUAUUUGUAGACAAAUGAGUCUGGUGACUAUUUAUAUAUCUGUUACUUACGAAAAGAUGAUCUCUACUAGGAAAUGUGAAUAAAAUGUUUAUGGUCAGUCAUAUUUUUGACAGGUCGGUCGGAAACUUGAAACCAACGAUUAUUUUUAUUUGGCCCUAUACAGUCACUUGCAGUCAGGGGCGGCACUAGCCCUAUUUUAUUUGGGAUGUGUAAUUGAAAUUUUACCGAGUCAUUUCCCCUUGGUAUAGAAAAAACGUUUCUUGGUCACCAAAUAUUCUCCCAAUUGUUGGUGGGGGGAGGAGGUAAAAAAUGUUUCCCUUCUUUCUUCGUUUUCAAUACCCGUACCACUUCUCAAAUUUUCUUCUUGAUUUUUCUUAAAUUUGCCCAAUUUUAGGUGAAAUUUUCACAUUUCAGAAGAUUUACUCAAAUAUUUUAAAUCCAUUCCGUCCUAUCCAAUUCAUGUUUUGCCGACUGGGAAAUCAAUUUGCCAAUAGACCCUUAACACAGACGUCACAAAUCCAUAGAGUGUCCUCCAGAUGCUCCCUAACAAUAUCUGUUCGGGUACAACAACCACAUACAGCGCAAAAAUUAACCAUUUUAAUACAAAAUUAUUAUAAACUUUUACAAAAUUUGCUUUGUUUACCAUAGUUAUAUUAUGAAUAGAUUGCUAAUUUGUCCUCCAGAUGCAUUGCCACUGGCGCUGUGACGUCAUGUGCAAGGGGUCUAUAGUGAGAAAACAAUUUGCCGACUAAUUGCUGAAGAAAUAUUGUCGACUGGCGCCCCUGGCUGCAGUGUAAAGCCGGGAUAUACAGCUACGUGAAAAGUAGGGGUGCACCGGAACUCGGUUCCGGCCGGUUAGUUCCGGCCGGAACCCCGAUUUUUUAGAGUUCCGGUUCCGGCCGGAACUAAUAAAAAGCAUGGACGCGGAACCGGAACUCUGUCGUUUUCAGAGAGAUAGAAUAUCAAACGUUUUUGUGUCUAACAAAAGGUCACAGUAGGAAGAAAUUUGGACUACGCAAGGGAAAUGUACACCAUUAACACUUCAUUAUGACGUUUAACGUUUGUCAAUCUUUUUAUUCUAACAUUUGCGAGCUCUCUCCUUGAUGACUUGAAGUGUCUGCCUGUCUGGCAGCGGCCAAAGUAACAUAUGACUAUAUAUGGCUUAAUAAAUUAGUUUCGGUUCCGGCCGGAACUUUUUUCCAGUUCCGGUCGGAUCCGGUUCCGGCACGAACUUAGAAAACUGGUUCCGGUGCACCCCUAGUGAAAAGUAUAACUGGACACUGGUCACAUAGCCUAUAGGACUAGGAGAAAUAAACAGCUCAACAAAUGAACGUCAUGGCUUGAAAUAACAACAGCCGAUCAACGAUCGGCAAGAAAUUACUUAUGAUCGGUGGCCAAAGCAGGGUUUCCAACCUGAAAAAAAAGCAGGGAAAGUCAUGACUUCUGAUCAUGAUCGGGAACCUUGAGAACGUUAUUUCAAGCCCUGGAACUCUGUAUCUCUAAGGGACCGAUCAUAAAGUAACUGCUAGGGUGGGCUGGAGUGAUUUGGGUUGGGCCAUGGAAAAUCUUUGGGCAGUUUCGAUGGGCCGCCAAUUUUUUUGUGUGUCUACGGUUGGGCCACCAAACAAAAACCCAUGCAUCUCUACUUCAAAAAAUAAAGAUAUUAAUAAUAAAAGUAAGCAAAACUAUCCAAAUUAUCAAAUGCAAAUGAUGCUAUUGAAGCCAGUACUUUGUUUAUACAACAACAAGUGGUCGAAUCACAGCAAAUACAACCAACUGGAGAGUAGCUCAGUAUCAAUGUGUUGGUCAAGCUUGGUGGAAUUAUGUAUGUCAAUACAGUGCCGUGUAUAUUUACAAUGUUCAUACCUGCAGGGUUUUUUUAUUAUAAAAGUGUAUUUUCCCAAUUUAGAUUGGGUGGGUUAUGAAUUUUUUUUGUAAGAUUAGAUGGGCUUUGAAAUUUUUAUCUACAUCCUAAGAUGGGUCACCGAACUUAUUGGCAAAAUUAAUUUUGUGAUUUACCUCCAGCCCACCCUAGCAGUUACUUUAUGACCAGUCCCUAAUUAGAGCACUAGCUGAACCGAAAUUGCAAAGCCGCAGGUUUGAUUCCUGCCAGAGGGCCUAUAUAUAAUUGCAUUUUUUGCAACGGUUAGGUCUAUUUAACAAUUAUACCAUCAGCUCGAGUCGUAUAUGAGCUGAUAGCCGACGAGGUGCGUAGCACCGAGUCGGCUAUCAGCCAUAUACGACGAGAGCGAAUGGUAUAAUUGUUUUAUGAUAUAGUCUAAUAGCCAUUAACUGAAGCAAUAAUUAAUUAUCCUCUGUUACAAUGUCUUGACAAUUUGUUUGGCCAAAAACCGCUUGGCCUUGAAAAUUUGAAUUUAUUUAAUACUUUUGUUUUAUACAACUCGAAGACGAAGUGAAAGAAAUUGUUUUAGAACCGCGGUAUAUCUCACAGAAAAGCUCAGAUAUAUUUGUACAGAUGUUUGGUAGUAUAGUAAGUGCUUGCAUGUUGACUACAAAUUCAUUUGUCUUUCGUUGCAAACUUUUCUGAACAAUUUAUAUCUUCAAUGAACAUGUUUUUUUCGCUGUUGUUUUGGUAUUAAUUCUUUGAAAAACUUGUAUUUAAACUAAUUUCUAUGUAAUAAAUGUAUUUUGCUAACCUGUCAAAUUUUUUUGAGAGUUUUUCCUUGUACUAUUAUCUUUUUCAAAGCGGUUAUUUUCCUUUGUGCUUCGCAAAAGUCAUGUAGUUUUUGGACCGCCAUCUUGUUUUUCGCUACUCGCCGUAUAUGAGCUGAUAUACGGCGAGUAAUUCAACCAAUCAGAUUGCAGAACAGCUCAUAUAAACGUUAUUCAUUAAUGGAAGAUUACUUUAAUAUAGGAUCGAAUGGCCUGCCUUCUUCUCACACCUGACAAUGUUGUUAAGAAUGAUUUUCAUGAAGUAUCAACAAAAUUGCCUCCAGAAAAGUUAGAGCUUCUUGAGAGAAGGCAGCUUGUUGUUCAGUUAUCAAAUGACAUUCCACCGUUUUUUAAACGGGACAAAGUGAUUUCCCCGGAACCACCUACGAAGAUAAAUGGAAACAAAGUAGUCUCCCAUGAACGGCCCGCGAAGAAACCUAACACCACAGAACCAAAAGGGUAAUUUGUCAAGUUUUGCUGCUACUUUACUGUCUUGCUGUGCAGAGAAGUGGGCGGGGAGGGGUGAUAGAUACUAUAAAACCCGCAUAUAAGAACGUUAAGAUUUUUCCAAGUUAGCCCAAACAGGUUCUUAUAGUCUUUCGUCAUGUAAGUCGGCAAUGUUUAAGUAUUAUAUUUCCUCUUUGUACUCAUGUUACGAUGUUGAGGAUCCUCGUAGUUAUAAAACUAUAUGUCCUAAGUGUAAUUCUGUUCGUAGCCUCACAGCGUCAGGCUAAUUUAGCGUCACUAGUAAUUUAGCGUUAGUAUAGUAAUUUGGCGUUAAUAGUAAUUUAGCGUUAAUAGUAAUUUAGCGUUUGUAGUAAUUAUGUGUUUGUAGUAAUUUAGCGUUAAUAGUAAUUUAGCGUUAGUAGUAAUUCAGCGUUACUAGUAAUUUAGUAUCUCUGCGAACAGGCUCUCAAGCUGAAUUGAGAGCCUGCAUCGAUGACUAAUGAAUUUGAAUAUCUGCCCCGUAACGUUCGUUUUUCCAAAUAUGGAAUGUCUAUCCUUAUAUGGUGUUGUUUACAACUUUCGUGCAAACUAAAUUUAGACCGUGCAAACUAAAUUUAGACCGUGCAAACUAAAUUUAGACCGUACAGUUUAUACUGUUUUUCGAAAUAUAAGAUAUUCAAGCAAAAGUUCAAAUGUUUUAAAUACUGUUUUCUCAAAACAGAACAUUUCGUGCUUUGAGAUAAGAUGGCCAAGACCAAUUUGAUCAGUUAAUGUGUUUUUUAUGCAUAGUGCUUGCAGUUGACAUAUAUAGAGCUCAGCGGAAACAUAUAAAUUUUAGCAUCUGACCAAUGAGAAUUUAGCGUCACGAUUUGAGACGCAGAGAUUCAAAUUCAUUAGUCAUCGAUGCAGGCUCUCAAUUCAGCUUGAGAGCCUGUUCGCAGGCUAGUAAUUUAGCGUUACUAGUAAUUUAGCGUUAGUAGUAAUUUAGCGUUAGCAUAGUAAUUUAGCGUUUGUAGUAAUUUAGCGUUAAUAGUAAUUCAGCGUUGGUAGUAAUCUAGCGUUGGUAGUAAUCUAGCGUUACUAGUAAUUUAGCGUUACUAGUAAUUUAGCGUUACUAGUAAUUUAGCGUUACUAGUAAUUUAGCGUUAAUAGUAAUUUAGCGUUAGUAAUAAUUAGUAACUCUCUGUAAAUGUAAGUAAUUAUUGUUGUUAGUCUGUCACCAAGUGCCUCGGCGUCAUUUUCAUUUUCAGGUGUACAUUUUGUGCUGUAUGUAGGAGCUGUUAUAGUACUGUUCUUUGUUGUUUAAUAUGUGUAUUGUUGUAAUUUAUUUAUUCGGGCCCGCAGUAAUUGGCAAUUACGGUACGCUGUUGCUGUUCCCUGCCACUGUAAUAUGUACAAAGCGAAUUAAAUAAAUAAAUAAAUUAUGUAAAUGCUGCUUACCAUGCACGCUCCUGCAUGGAAAGCAGCAUGUCGAAAAUGAGCUAAUUAAGGUUCUUAAAUAGGUUCUUAUUUUCUUGAGAAAAAAGAGACUCAUUUUUGGGAGAUACAGUAUGGUAUAUAAUUUAUCUAAAUUAUGCACAAAUUAUCUAAAAAAUGACAGACGUAUAUGCACUAUAAUACCAAGCCUAUACGCCCUCUAUAAAGCUACGCUGAAUGUAACGACUUAAUUUUGACUCUAUUUAGUCAAACAAGAAAUUGUGGCCUAAACACGUGCUUAUUUAAAGGGGGGGAUCUGAAUUAACAAAAUUUAGCCUAACCAGGUUCUUAAAUUCUAGGUUCUUAUAUGGUUUUUACUGUAUAUAAUUAGGGGCCAUAGACAAAAUACAGUAGAUUACGGUUAAGGAAUAAGCGGGUAUUGAGGUGCUUAGGCCUGGAAUUUACAUAUUUACUGUACACAAUUUAGCCUUUCUCUAGGGGCAAUUAGCUUAGAAACACGUAAAAUACUAUUAUUGUAAGGGUAGUUAGGAUUGAUUUUUGACUCCCUUCUACUACUAUCUGAAAUUACGGGGGGUUAGUACUUAUAUAGCGUCAAUUGUGGUCGUCAAUUGUUGGUUUAAAUGAUGGAUGUUCUCGUGAGUAAAACAUGCUCUGAAAGGGCUCUACGUAUAUCUAAGUCUCGCACGGCUCUGCCGCAAUUUUAUUCCGAAUCUGUUUCAGUUUUCUGCAUUUAAUAUUUUGAUGUUGACCAUCUUGUUCUCUGUUUUCUAUUCUUUUUAAACCGUAGAGGGUUGCCAAAAAAGAAAAGAAAAUCUGCAGAUGACAACAACAACAACCAUUUUGUCCAAACAACGCUGGCAAGCUCUUUUCUCAAAUCGUCAACAAAGAAGAAAGAAGCUCAAGUUAAACCUGAUUCACCUCCCACACGUGGCUGUGAAAUAGACAAUGAAGCAAAGCCUGAAUGUUGUGAGUUGAUGAUUUUUGUGUUAUGCUGGGUGGCCUCCGGAAUGACAGUUUAAAUACAGGGUGUAUCAAAACACACUGAACAGUUCGGAAAUGUCCGCUAAACCGAAAAAGUAUUAAGUAUCUUCACCACCAAGAUUAUUUUGAAAAGUCAAUUUUCAAGUGCAGGAGGGUCCUUUAAUUGUGUUUUUCUAUUCCAGGGCCGUCAGGCCGUUGGGGGCAUUCACUGUGUUUGGUGAAUAACAACGAAUAUGUUCUUAUUGGUGGUCAAGGUGGAGAUUAUCAAAUGGUCAAGGACUCAAUCUAUUUAUUACAUGGUGGUACGAUCUAACACUUCCUUACUAUACAACACAACCUCGCCUUGUAUAAGUGUAUUAUAUACUCAAUGUCUGCUCCUGAGUGAAAUAGUUAAUUUUGUUAUGCUCUGCCAACUGAGCUACGAGGUCAAGUCGGUUCGAGUUUGUGAAAUUUCUGGUUCGAGUUGGUGAGUCUAGUUCCUUCGAUAUCAAUGUAUUAUAAGAUAUGACAUUUUUGUGUGUGUUGGUGUUAUGUAGUCUGGUCAGUAUGAUGUUUGUGAUGUUACUCUUAGUCUGAGUGUGCAUCCACACCGGGCAAGCUGAAAAGUCUGCCUGACCACGGUGGGAAUCCAAUGACCAAUCCGUGACCUUUGGGAUACUAGUAAAAAAAAGAAGUCAUAUCUUAGAAUACAUUGAUAUCGAAGGAACUAGACUAAGUUCCGAAAUAUCACCAACUCGAACCGACUUGACCUCGUAGCUCAGUUGCCAGAGCAUUGGACUAGUAUCCCAAUGGUCGCGGGUUCGAUUCCCACCAUGGUCAUGCAGAUUUUUCAGCUUGUCCGGUGUGGAUGCACACUCAGAGUAACAUCACAAACAUCAUAUUCACCUGAAUACAUAACACCAACACACACAAAAGAUGUCAUAUCUUAGAAUACAUUGAUAUCGAAGGAACUAGACUAAGUUCCGAAAUAUCACCAACUCGAACUUGACCUCGUAGCUCAGUUGCCAGAGCAUUGGACUAGUUUCCCAAUGGUCGCGGGUUCGAUUCCCACCAUGGUCAGGUAGAUUUUUCAGCUUGUCCGGUGUGGAUGCACACUCAGAGUAACAUCACAAACAUAUUCACCUGAAUACAUAACACCAACACACACAAAAGAUGUCAUAUCUUAGAAUACAUUGAUAUCGAAGGAACUAGACUCGGUUCCGAAAUAUCACCAACUCGAACCGACUUGACCUCCGUAACUAGACGCGAUAAAUCAGUAGGGCAGAUCACGAAUAUAUGAAUAUGCAAACCCCCCCAAUUAUCGUGUCUAGUUACGGCCCUGCUCGUAGCUCAAGUUGGCAUAGCAUUGCAGGUCUAGUAUCCCAAGGGUCGCGGGUUCGAUUCCCACCGUGGUCAUGCAGACUUUUCAGCAUGUCUGGUGUGGAUGUGCUCAGAGUAACACCACAAACAUCAUAUUCACCUGAGUACAUAACACCAACAUACAAACUAUAACUAUUUACCGAGAGAACAGACAUUUAAUGUUUUUUUAUAUAGCGACGAGAAAUAAUCUACAAUAUUCACAUAAAACAAUUGUAUUUCAUGACGAAAACUCUAUAGUGUAAACGAGUUUAAAAUUAAAAGAACCUUCAGCAGCAUAUUCUGUUACCUGUUGUGUAUAUUUCUUCUCUUAUACAUCUCUUUAUUUUAACACAAACUUGGAAAAUUAUUUUUAACAAAGUAAAAAUUUGUAUAAAUUUUGGGCGUGACAAUUUUCGCAUGUUCAUAAGUUCAUUGUACGUUUUUUUAUUAUUGACACGGUUUCCAAUAUACUAUAGUUUCGAUUUCGAUAAUACAAAAAUGUUUAUCUGGGGCCGAGUCUGGGGCCAGCUGUAUCAAGCCCGUUUAGCUUAAACGAUGGUUAAGCUCAAAACAGAAAGUAACUAAGCAAGUCAUCGAUUUAUUCAACAAUCAAGCUAAACGUUUCAGUAGUGGCCGUGUAAAAAACGCGGCCGUACAUAUUAGAUAUAAUUCGUUUUAUCAAUUCAUUAGAAUGAUCAUUUUAUAUGAUAACCCGUUUAUACUGACCUUGCAAAUAAAUAUCUAAUGAAAUACAAAAUGUCAAACACAAAAACACUGGUGGUCAUCGAGGUUUAUGACGAUUACGGCUGAUUUGUAAUUUAUCCGUUCUUCUUAUAAUCGUUGUUUACAAUAAAUUGCAAAAAUAAUGCCCAAAAUUCCAAAUGCACGCAGUCAGAAGUGAUGUGAAAUCUACAAGAAAUCUCGUGAAUACAAAAUUACUUAUGUUAAACAAAUAACUCUGAAAGUCCAGAUGUCGCCUUCCCCCCCUAAACACAUGAUAAGUCAAUGCGGCCAUCUACUUCCGGCUGGUCGAAAUUGACCAGCCGGAAGUAUGUCUGCUGCCAGAUGUUACAAGUCUCUCUUUCCUCCUCUCCCCCCUCGGCGGUACGUCAUGUAACGUACAAUAUAGAUGUACAAUAUAUAGAUGUCCACAAAGAGAGACUUGGAGCAAGUCUAGAAGCCACGUGACCACAAAUCAGCAAAUAUGGUUAUUACCAAAACCACGAAUAUGUCCCUUCACUCGAAAAAACGUGUCAUGUUUUCGUAUCAAAACAUUCAGGAAUGCGACUACAGCCCAUAUAGAGAAAUUUGGCUAACAUUGUUUGCAGUAUAUCGUUGCUACUUAAAGCGAGGUGAAUUAAUUUUGAUCCAGUCCAAUGACUGAAAUAAUUAUGAUCCAGUCCCAGCACUGGACCAAUAUUCUUCACCAGGUAUCCAGUGUUACCAUGUGAGCAAAGUAAAGCAAUAUGGUUGGCUAAUUUUCUUAUGAAUUAUUAAUGAGCUUGAGAUGUUAUAUUAGGCGUAAAAAAAAUUACCUGUGAUUCCGGUUCCCGACCGACCCUAUUUUUUUCUGCCGACCCUAUUAUUUUUUCAACGCGAUUGACCGUGCGACCCUAUUUUCUCCAGGUGGUUGCACACUGCUCAUACAGCGUGCCAAAAUGGCGUCUGUUGUCACAUUAAUUAUUGAACCAAAUUGCCUAAAUUCGUCCAUAGGAAAUACGCAUCUCUAGUUAAUAUUGAUGUCGGGACUCUACUGCAAAUCGCCCAGCAAAAAAAACCGCCAAAACCAUGAAAAAAAAUAUUCAAAAAAGAAAUUUAUUUCCGACCUGCCGACCCUAAUUUUUUCACGCUAUGAAACCGGAACCACAGGUAUUUUUUUACGCCUUACAGUGUAGUUGCACGAUGGUCAUUUGGUUUCAAUAAAUUCUUAAAAGCUAAGAGUAGAUUGACUCGUCUAGUUUAGCAUCAAUCGGAAGACUAUUCCAGAGUUCAGCCCCGGUGUACUUGAAACUUUGUUUAAGAAAUUCUCUUCUCGGUUCUCGUCUCACUGAUGUGGAUAAUUCUGAAGCUUGGUUACCUUUGUUCUAUUCUAUGCUUCUGUUUACUAGAACAAUAGUAACUAGCCAUGUGAGUUAUCUAAAAUAUAAACAAAUGUUAGCCAAAAUUUAUUUAUUCCUACGGUGGAGAGAUUGAAACAUAAUUUUCCAUUUAAUGGUAACUUAAUUACAUACACACAAAAACAUCUAUGAAAGGGUGAAAAUUCGUCACGAAACUGUAAAAAACUCCAGAAUUUUGUUACGUUUUAACGCAUUUUUGGCUACCAUAUUCAUGAAAGACGUUAUAUAUUUCUAGAUUCCAAUACUUGGGAAGCUCUGUCAGGCGAGCGUUGGGGUGUAGAUCGUCGUAUGGGUCAUAGUGCGACAUAUGAUCCAGUGCAGAACGUUAUUUAUGUUUAUGGAGGAUCCAAGAACAAACGAUGGUUUAGAGAUGUUCAUGUUUUGGAUCUGAAAACGUUGAAAUGGGAGGACAUUAAG